AUGAAGGCGCUCGAGGCACGCGAGGCUGCAGCCGCUCAGUUGGAAGCCAUGCUUGAGCAACAAGGAGCUCAGAAUCAGCAAGUGGAGGAGGGAAUGAAUGGCUUGGCAGAACGAGAGAGCAAAGUGUCAACAAGGGAGGCUGAGUUUGAGCAAUUGUGUGCUGAGCGUAUGAAGGCGCUCGAGGCACGCGAGGCUCAGCUCGCACGAGCCAGUCUUGGAGACGGUCUCACAGCGGAGCUGGCAGCCUUAGAGGGUCGAGAGAAGGAGUGCACCGAACGGGAGAAAGCCCUGGAGGUGCGGGAGGCCGCGACAGCCGCAGAUGCCAAAGUGCACGGUUGUUUUUACCAAGAGUUAGAUGAACAGAAGCAGCUGCUGGCCGAGCGCGAGCAAGCAGCUCUUGAACAAGAAGCUUUGUUGGAGAAGCGGGAGCAGGCCAUAGAGGAGUCCGAGUCCAAGUUGGAACUGCAGAAAAAGGAACUCCAACGACUUGAGGAUGGUUUGCGCAAGCGAGAGACCCUCUGCGCAGAGCAAGAGAAAGAAGGAAGACGGGCCAGCGCUGCAGCUGCAGCAACUGCAAAGGAGGCCCGGCUCGGGGCACAAGCAUCCCGUCAAGUGGAGCAAGUACAACAAAAUUUGGCCACGGCGAGCACAAAGAUGGCGGCCAGAUCGAUUUCAAACCUUGAGGCAGGAGUGACAGGAGGUGGAGUUGCUGGUGCGAUUGCCGCUUUGUUGCAGGAUGUGGAAUUGGGAGAGCGUUCCGGAGUGUCUUUGGUGGAUUUGGGUCUCAGUGACAUCGCUGGAUUGCCCGAAGCAGAUAAGUUCAUGCAGUUACUCUCAGCUUUGAUGGCUGUUCGCGCAGAUGCACGACUGAUCGUCUUCGGACUUUGGCUUUUGUGCUUUCCAUCCAACAAUGACCAGGAAAAUGCCUAUGAUGACUCGCCGCGGCAUGCGACGACGAGCAAUGGCAAUCUUUGGCUACGGAUUUCGAACCAGGCCAGCAGGCUUGAGCUAGUAAAUACUAGCAGUGGAAAAAGAGAAAUCAAGAAGCGGCCGUACACAUCUGCAAUGCUGCAGAGUUGGAAUAAGUUUUGUCUCACUGGUGGAGUGGUCGAGAUGUCUGCAAAAUUUCCCGGCAGAUCCGACAUCCCAGGACUUUGGCCCGCCUUUUGGCUCUUGGGAAAUCUCGGGCGAGCGACGGUGGAGGCAUCCAACAACAACGUAUGGCCAUUCACCUACUCGCAGUGUCCGUCCGAAAAUCUGGAAAAGGCCAAUCAAGAUCCUCCGAAGCAGCAGAGGAUCAAUGAAUGUUUAGGUGACAAUUGGACGCAGCGUUUCGGGCUGCACCCACAUCAAGGCCGAGGGGCUUUGGAGAUAGAUAUUCUGGAGGUGCUGCCAGGCAACCAUGCUCCGAACUACAAAAAGGAGAAGGUUGACACGGGCAUUUGCAAGCCCCAGACAGAAAUCCUCUAUAGCAAGUUGGACAUUCCUCGGCCGCAUUUGCUGAAUACCUUGCAAGCGGCCCCUGGCAUUCCAUUUUUGGCCGAUCAGCGGCCACCUUCUCCUCCACGUCUCAAUACCACUUGCGUCCCAGAAUGGGGCACUCAAUGGUAUGAUGGCUUACGACCAGAAGUUCCUGGAGUCUAUGGAAGCAGUUCAACCAUCAAUUAUCACAACUACGGCAAGUACAUUGUGAACAUCAACCCUUGGACAGAUGUGGAGAUCCAAGUGGAUUCCAUCGGUGCCUUGACGGGCCUUGAUGAGGAUGCCUUCAGUCAGCACCACGCCCUCCGGCAGAAACGCUUUGAGACACUCAUGUCGGACCCAAGUGAGAUCAAGUUGUCCCGCCAAGACAAGCCAGAGAGAAAGUUCUUCGAAAAUCCACUGACCUGGUGGAAGGGCACUUCACUUCGAUGGAACACAGAUGUGACCAUCUGGAACGGAACGGGAGAGGCUGAAGCCCUGUGUGAGCUUUUUGUGGACAACUUGGGAUCUCUACUUGGAACGACUGGCGCAUGUGUGGGAACAAUUGGCUAUGGCAUUGUGGGAAACCUACCUCCCUUCGCCGGCGGCUACGGAACAGCCAUUGCCGAAGAAUGGGAAAAGGUUUACUUCUCGCGCAACAUCCCAGGAUGUGCAUUUGCGAUGCUCCUUGGAAACCUUUUCUAUGCUUGGCAGUGUGGACGUUUGGGAAGCAAGGAAGGCCGGAAUGACGUCACUGCACAGCCCUAUGGCAUCAAUACCACCGGCGUGUACAUCACUUUGUUCGCAAUCCAGCUGGAGGCUUUGAUUUCUGCUGGCUUUAUGUUCCAACCAGCUGCCGAAGCAGAUAGCGAUGCGAUCCGCGCGGCAGCUGUGAGUGCUGCUGACCAUGCUUGGAAAAUCUCGGUGGCCUGCAACUUCGUGUUGGGUCUUUUCGAGAUGCUCGGGGCCUUUAUUGGAGAGAGUAUUCGAAAAGUGGCACCCAUGGCGGCUUUCUAUGCCCCCAUGAUGGGUGUUGGCUUUGUUUACUUGGCAUUUGUGCCAAUGUUGGCAAUCUCUCAAGAACCAAUGAUGUGCCUGAUCCCAUUGCUGAUUGUGUUCAAUGGCUUCUUUGGUGGAGUCCGAUAUCACAUCUACAAGAAGCUCACCAUCCCCAUUGGGCUCAUGGCAAUUUUGGCAGCGGUCAUUGCCGGCUGGUCUGGAGCAUGUGCGCGAGAAUCUGGAACAAUCGGUGCCAUGAAGUAUGGCUACACCUUGCCAUAUUUCGAUUCAACCAAGGUCACUUGCACAGGCACUUCUCAGUCAGAGGCUCAGCGUGCCUGGGAUACCUACGCCUUUCAGCCGAAUGUUCUUGCAAACUCUGUCUUUGUCGGACUAGGCGGUUUUGCAGAUAUCGGAAGCUUCAUGACCACCCUCUUCCUGGUUGGUGUGGUAGGCUUCGUCGGCACCAUGAGCUGUGUGGAGAGUGCGUCUGCAGCAGGCGAUGAUUACCCUAUGGCCGAGACAAUGCUUGUGGAUGGCGCUGGCACUUGCAUCGGUGCAUUGUUUGGAUCUUUCUACUCAACCACUGUCUACAUUGGACAUCCCAUUCACAAGGCUUUGGGGGCCAAGCGUGGCUUCAGCCUCAUCAACGGCAUUAUCUACUUCUUCCUGCUCUUGUCUGGAUUGUUUGCUGCCUUGUACCAGUCCAUUCCGGAGUGUGCCAGCGGCUCCAUCCUAGUCUUUGUUGGACUGCUGUUGGGCCGUCAAGCAUUUGAAGAGACGCCGCCACGACAUUAUCCAGCCUUGUUGCUGAGCCUUUUCCCAUACAUCUGCAAUUGGGCCAAGCUCAGCAUGAGCAAUGAAGGUGUUUUGAUGAUGGGUCAAGCCGGAGGCCUUAUGUUCAGCGUUGUUCUCACGUGGCUUUUCUGCUUGUGCAUCGACCGCGACUUUUGGAAGGCUACCUUGCUUUCCUUCGUGGCGAUUUUCCUCUCGCUAUUUGGCUUCUUCGCUUCCCACAAUGCUGCCAAUGAUGAAGUGCCACCUACAGAAGGUGACGAGAAGAUUGGCUUCUACGGCAUGGAGGAGCGAAACAUCAAUGUUCAGACAACACCAGAGCACAUCCAGAAAGGCGGCGGCAAUGAAUAUUUGCACAAGCUGUGUAGGACUUUGCCAGCCACCUACGAGGUGGAUUACAUCCGAGUUUUCCAGACGAAGGAUCAACAAGCUGAAGAUCGCCAAGGGUGCUCACCUAAGGUGGCACCAACACAAGGGUGGAUCGACACUCAGCGUUCUCGAUAUGUGCUACCCAACUUCGAUGCACCGCUGCAGCCGGUGUAUGCCGGUGGAGGACGGUGUCAAACAGAUGCCAACUGCGGCUCCAACUCAGGGAGCGGCGCUUGUUCGGACGGCGUGUGCAAAUGUACCAACGGCUGGACGGGUCCCAGCUGCCUCGCUCGCAUGGCCGGGGCGGCCCUCCGCUGCCGACCGCUGGAGCUGACACUUGUGGGAGGUGGUCCGUGCUUCGUGAAUUCCACGCAUGACAAUUGCGGGCGAGGCACGUGCAUUGAGAUCAAUCGCCCAUGGGAUGCGCCAUGGCAGACCGUUGAAGGUUUACAUCGCUUCAGCCCCGUGGGAACUGGAGACGGUCAGAGCAAGACCGAGGCAAAGAAGACCGAUCAGUGUGUGCCAGAUUCGAGCCUCAGUUCGCCUAAGCUUGAGGCUUUGAUUACCAAGCUUUGCCGCAACUGGCUCAUGGGCAAGGAGACCAUCGAGAGAGACGCUUGGAGAGAUGACGCGAGACAGACUGGAGCUCUGAUGGUAAAUAUUCUCAAUGUGGCUCAUGGCCCCGCUGUAGGCUUUUGCAUCCAGGAUUUCACAGGCGCUUGGACGAACAGGGCCGAGAGAUUUGCUUUGAAGAUGAAGCGCAGUUUGACAUCCUCCUUGGAGUUGCAGCCCGGCUUGAACAUGGCAGCAAUGCGAGUCGCGGCGCAGUCUUCCGCUUUCGAAAAGGUGGACUGCUUUCGCGAAGGUCAGAGCGAGCGGCAGCAAAUGGGCGUGGAGCUUAGCGCGCUGCAAAGGAAACACUCCAGGUUUGACUUUAAAAGAGAUGACAGCACAGACGACACGGACACAGAUGACGAGGUCAAUGGAUUCUCUGGGAGUGACAGCGAGGAGUCCAAGUAG